AAAUGUUGGACAACAAACAUCGUAGGCAUCUCAGCAACCAUUAGGAGGAAAGAGAGAGAUCUGAAGGGAAGACGAAGCUGCUGGUCGUCGGCGUCUUCCUGUCAAUUCCCCUAAUUCCACCACCUCCUCCUCCUCCUCCUCCUUCGAGAGGGAGAGCGAGAGAGAUCUUCUCUGGAGUUCGGAUUCCGGCGGUCGGCAGAUUGGCGGGAAGAAUUCCGAUCCCGCGAUGUCGAUCAACAUGAAGACCCUAACGCAGGCGCUCGCGAAGACCGCGGCGGUAAUCGAAAAGACGGUGCAGACGACGGUGCAGGAGGUCACCGGGCCGAGGGCGCUCCAGGACUACGACCUUCUAGACCAGAUCGGCUCCGGUGGCCCGGGUCUCGCUUGGAAGCUCUUUUCGGGCAGGCCCAAGGCCAAGCCAUCCCAGGCCCAGUACCCACUCGUCUGCAUUUGGCUUCUUGACAAGAAGGCUCUCUCUGAAGCCCGUACCCGCGCAGGCCUUUCGAAGACCGUCGAGGACGCCUUUCUAGAUAUUGUCCGGGCCGACGCAGCUCGCCUCGUUCGCCUCCGCCACCCUGGUGUUGUUCAUGUUGUCCAGGCUUUGGAUGAGAGCAAGACGGCCAUGGCGAUGGUCACGGAGCCGCUGUUCGCUUCCGUCGCCAACGUCUUGGGAAAUUUCGAUAACAUCGGCAAGGUGCCGACGGAGCUGAAAGGGUUGGAAAUGGGACAGUUGGAGAUCAAGCAUGGCCUACUUCAAGUUGCAGAAUCUCUAGAAUUUCUGCAUACCCAUGCCAAACUGAUUCACAGGGCCAUAUCACCUGAGGCAGUAUUUAUCACUUCCAGUGGAGCUUGGAAGCUUGGGGGAUUUGGCUUUGCCAUUCCUGCAGAUCAGAAUUCGGGUGAUUCAACUACCAUACAAUCUUUUCACUAUGCGGAGUAUGACAUUGAGGAUUCCAUGCUUCCGCUUCAACCUUCUCUAAAUUACAUUGCUCCAGAACUAGUACGCAACAAAGACACACAAAUUGGAUGUGCUGCUGAUAUAUUCAGUCUUGCAUGUGUUGCAUAUCAUUUGUUGGCACACAAGCCCCUCCUAGACUGCAAUAACAAUGUUAAGAUGUAUAUGAAUCGGUUGAUGUAUCUAUCUCAUGAUGUUUUCUCAAGCAUUCCACCUGAUCUUGUUGGUGAUCUUCAGAGAAUGCUAGCUGUUGACAGUCUUUCCCGACCCACUGCCUUGGAUUUCACAGUGUCUCCAUUCUUCCGGGAUGAUACCAGGUUGCGUGCUCUUCGCUUCUUGGACCAUAUGCUUGAAAGGGAUAACAUGCAGAAAUCUGAGUUUCUAAAAGCAUUAUCAGAGAUGUGGAAGGAUUUUGACAUCCGAGUACUACGGUAUAAGGUGCUACCACCUCUUUGUGCAGAGCUUAGAAACAUGGUUAUGCAACCAAUGAUAUUACCUAUGGUUCUAACUAUUGCUGAAUCUCAAGAUAGAAAUGAGUUUGAGCUCUCAACCCUACCAGCACUUACUCCUGUACUGGCUUCAGCUUCAGGUGAAACAUUGUUGCUGCUAGUGAAACAUGCUGAGUUAAUUAUCAGCAAGGCUAAUCAUGAGCAUUUACUCUCUCACGUGCUUCCCUUGCUCGUCCGAGCUUAUGAUGAUGCUGAUGUACGCAUACAAGAAGAAGUUUUGCGAAGAACCGUUUGCCUUGCAAAACAACUUGACAGCCAGCUGGUGAAGCAAGCUAUUCUGCCCCGUGUUCAUGGCUUGGCUCUUAAGACUACAGUUGCUGCAGUGCGCGUAAAUGCAUUACUAUGCCUUGGGGAUUUGGUAUCGUCAUUGGACAAGCAUGCAGCAUUAGACAUCUUGCAGACACUGCAGCGUUGUACUGCUGUUGAUCGGUCUGUGCCUACUCUUAUGUGUACAUUAGGUGUUGCAAACUCAAUGUAUAAACAGUAUGGCGUGGAAUUUGCAGCAGAGCAUGUCCUCCCGUUGCUUGUGCCACUUCUUAUAGCUCAGCAGUUGAAUGUUCAACAAUUUGGGAAGUUCAUGCUUUUCGUCAAAGAUAUCCUUAGGAAAAUCGAAGAGAAACGUGGGGUGUCGGUGAGUGAUUCAGGUGCUGCGGACAUUAGUGUCAAGCAAACUGGAGUUAAUGGUCAUCCACCCGAGGCUGUGCAGAAACCAAGUGGACAUCAUUCAUCUUCAACAAAGUCUACCAGUUCAUGGGACUCUGAUUGGGGUUCGAUGCUAAAAAAAACUACUUCGUCAUACCGUGCACAGGAGUCCAACUUACCUCCAAAGUCGGCAGCAGCUACUUCCCAGCCAACACCGGUUGCCAACUCCCAGUUUCAGUCAACAUCAGCACCUGAUCUUCAUGUUCCUCUGUCCUGUCCUGCUGUUGAUAUCGAGUGGCCACCUCUGGCACCUACUAUUGAUCAGAGUUCUCAGGUGGUUGAGAAUGACAAACAGAAAUCCAAUCCUCAACUGCCUGGGGAUUCUGGUUUCGAUGAAAUUGACCCAUUUGCUGAUUGGCCUCCACGCCCAACACACACUGUCAAUAAUAGUCUAGGCUCCAUGAUCAAUAACUCAACAGGCAUGCCGAAUCAGGGAAAACCAGGUAUGGGUGCAAGCUUGGGCUCGACCAUCAAUAACUCAAUGGGAACAUCCUUCCAAAAUCAAGGGAGACCAGUGCCCAAUGCUAACCCUGCCAGCUUACCCUUGAACAAUUCAAUCGGUCUGUCGAAACUCUAUGAGCAGACCCCGUCCUCGACCAUAAACACCGCUAGCAGCUCUAGUUUUCCUAUCAACAGUUCAGUCGGGAGAGGUACUUCUGCCAUUCAGACAGCUAGAAAAGAAGUCGACCUGGGGUCCAUGUUUCCAUCAGCCAAAAGUGAGCAGCCACCCCCACUGAGAAUUGCUCCACCCCCACCGGCUGGAAAGAGCGGAGGAGGGCGAGGUAGACACCAGGGGCGCACAGAUUCUGCCUCAUUGUAUUCAUUGAAAAAUCCAAAAGCAAAACCUGAACAACCGCCUCUUUUGGAUCUGCUAUAAUGACUAUUUUCUGCCGAAGAUGGAAGUGGUAUGGUUAUUUUUGGCCGUGGCUAGUUAACAGCGGCGUAAUGCACCUAGCCUCCAAAAAAUGCAAGGCAUCAACAUCACACACAGGCGGAUACAAAUGGGAUUCGUUAUGCAUCCUUGCUGCCUGCAGGCUUGGUUUUCAAUAUAUAAAAAAGAUACAUCGAUGACCCUCGUGUAGCAUUCUAUCUGCUUGCUUCUUCAGUAGUUUGGGUAUGACAGAUAUUUGUAUACUUAGGGUUUUGUUUUAUUGUUUUCCUUUUGUUUAUUCCUCAUAUGGCUCGAGGAUUUGUCCAGUGUAAUUCUUUGAAGUCCCUCCAGACCUUUACAGAAGGUCGCUGGUUGUAAUAAAAAGAAAAUUCCAAGUUUUCCAUUUUGCACUGCUGUCAGGUUUUUGAAGGAAAUAGACCUCGUUGCUAUUGAUACUGAGAAACAUAUCUCGGCGACGAGGGAGUAGAUUUUUCAUUUUUUAUAACUUCAUAUAAUGAGUUUGAUGGCAAAAUUGUUCAUAUUUUA